CGGGGAAUACCCAGGUGGCGGUCGACUUUUGCAUAAAACAGACUGAUGAGGUAGAUUUGUCCCAUAUUUUUCCAGGAUUUAACACUGUUUGAAUGUUUCACUGAAUGUCAAGUAUAGAUGAGGACACCCACCACUCCACCAUGAGUGCAACUGAACGUUUGGCAUCCGUCAAAGUGUCUGCCUACAACCAGUUUGUUAAGUGGAUGGAAAGACUUCAGAUACAAGAAUGGAUUGAGUGCAUCAAGGUGUGGGUGAUGGUGCAUCCAUUGCUUGCACUAUUUGCCGUCGUCCUCAUAGCAACAACAUCGGUCCCGAUUAUGAUCUUCCUCAGCUUUGUCGUGUUUGUGCUUUUGUUUGGAAUCAUCAGUUUUGCAUUUAUUGAAGGCUUGUUGCUAACAACAAGUUCAGCCAUACUAUUGACAACUGUAGGCUUCAUCGCAACUGCUGCUCUGGGCGUUACCGGUUUCAUAGUCAGCUGCUACUUCGUCAUGCAACUUGGGCAUCGUUUCCUGGGCAUCACAGCGGAGAAAGUCAAACUUGGAUGCAACGGUGUAGUCUCAUGGUACAAGCCAAAGGCAUCGCAAGAGUACAACAAAGUGGAGGAAGUGAAAAAGGAAUGAUGGUGGUGGUCCCCUGUAGAAAAUGACCUUCCAGAGAGUCAGCACAAGAAUCCACACCAGGAGGUCAACUGGUUGGAGGACAGCUUCUUUCUUCGCACUGCUAUUAUUAGUAUGUUCUUGUUUCUCAUUAUUUCUCCGUGGCUACAAAUCAUUGUUUCUUAAUACUCGUACAAGUACAGUAUUAUGUCUAUCUAUUUUCCGUUUUAUGUCUAUACAUUAUCUAAAAUGUAUUGUUGGUUUAUUAUUGUUUGAUAUUUUAUUCAUUUCAUCUAUUUGACUUAAUCGGUGACAUAUCUAGGAGUCUGGAAAUAGGGGGGGGGGCGGGGCUGAUGGUGGGGUGCAAAGGUAAAGUGGAGCCUGAUAAGUGAGGUAACGGCUAGCUUGCAAAUAAGGGACUUUUUUGCUUUGAACAUUUUCAAAGACUGAGAGGGCAAGAUUUUUUAGGUGGGGGAAGAUGCGCCACUGGACCUAAUAGACACAGUAUGCAAUAUUUAAUAAAAUCAAAGACAACGGUUAAGUGACAAAUUUAUUAAUUAGUAUUAUUAUUUAAAAUACAGUAUUAUUGAAGUGCUUUUGGUGCCAGCUAGUAUUACAGUGUGCCAGGUUACUUAAUAUGUAACAGUCACAGUUUACUUAGUCCCUAUUACUACAAAAUUCAUAGGUAUAGUAUUCUCAACACAACUUCACAUUUGCAUCUCCACUGUCCAUGCAUGUUUUUCCCUUCCUCUGAUUGUUAAAAAUAUCAAAAGCAAAGUUGACAAUUUUUUUUAUCAACAGUAUUUGUAGAUAGCAACUGAAUAUUUGAAAUAUUUUUUUAUAUAUUGUGUUAAAUUUUAUGUGCAACAUAUUUUCUUGAUUUUUUAAAUAAAAGUAAAAUAACGCAUGUGCUGCUAAAUAAUUCUACAGGGCUGCAAGAAAUCGGUUUUUCUUUGGUCCAAUUAGUAUUGAUUUGGAUUUAAAGAUAAUUGUUUUUAUUUUUGUGUACAUACAUUUACAAUUUAUAUAAGUACAGAAAAUAUUUUUUUUUAGAAACUGAUAAUUAUGAAAAAAUAAAAUAGUAAUAGUAAUUAAAAGUUUCAAAGAAUAUGAAUUUAAUGAUGUGUAAUGAUUUGGUUUCUUUGUUGAAUUGGACAUAGGAUAAUGAAUAAAUUUAAUUCUGAAGUUUA